CUGUCAAGUCUCCCGUUUUGGCCGGGAAACUACCGGAUUUUCCCCCUCUUUCCCGUCGUCAUCCCGAAUUAUUAUUUUCCCGGAAAUUUCCCGUAUUAUAAUAUUAUUUAAUAAAAAACAUUCCAGUGCCUCUGAACUAUGUCACUAGCCUCGCGAGAACUGCCGCCUGCAGUAGCCUGGGUGGCAGUUCUCGCGAUAUUAGUGUUGGCAGCGGGAACAAACCCGGAAAAACAAAUCAGAGAUGGAUGAAGUUAAAGAGAGAGAAGGCGUUCCUGCCAAAAAGGUUAAGACUUCGUGUAAAUAUCUUGAAAAAUGGGACAGCGAAUUUACUUUCCUAAAGAAGAGUAGGGUGGGGCACAAUUACGCGUUUUGUAAGAUUUGUAACUGCGACUUUAGUGUCUCUCAUGGGGGAAGGAACGAUGUCCGUCAGCAUGAAAARUCCGUCAAGCACAAACGCGGGCUAGAGGCACAAARACAUGCCCAGGCGAUGUCCCCUUUUGUGACUAGAAAUGCCACAGAGGCAGACCAGGUCAUAAAUGCGGAGGUUAAAAUGGCAAUGCUGUGUGCGAAAAACAACGUUGCUUUUACCUUCUGUGAUGAUUUCAACAAAUGUGUAGCUGAGAUGUUCCCAGACUCUGCAAUUGCACGAAAAUACUCAGCGGGGAAAACCAAGGCUACACAACUCAUCAAAGGUGCCAUAGCAGCAGAGCUAGAUGACGAGUUGGCCAAAACAUGUCGAUCUCAACCAUUUUCACUUAUGUGCGACGAAUCRAACAACAGAAAAACAGACAAACAAUUCGUCAUCCUGGCCAGACUCUAUGAUGAAGCCACUCUGCAGGUCGCUACAAGAUUCAUGGAGAUGCCUGUAUGCAAUGUAGGAAAUGCAGAAAAUCUGUAUGAAAAACUGAGUGAAGCGCUAAGAAAAAGAGGCAUUCCCUGGGAGAACCUGAUAGCCUUUAACUCAGAUAAUGCAAGUGUCAUGAAAGGCAGACACAACUCUGUCAUCAGCAGACUGAAGACCAGCCAGCCCCACGUCCAGGACCUUGGU